UAUCAGUUGCAACAGGCUCCAUUCUUCCAGAUUGUCUAUUGUAGUAGAAAAUUGUAAUUUCCCACAGUAAUCAGAGUGAAGUGUUGCUAAUUAUCUGUUAUCUCUGUCGAGUUGAAUGGGACAGUCAUUGCCAUCACCGCGCGGUCAAUGAUAGAGAAGCUCGAAUGUUCGCGAGUGUCGAAAUAUUUCGCAAAGCCCUGUGGCGCAAUGAUAACUCAACGCUCGAAAUUCCAGCCGUUGAAUUGCUUGUUCCUCUUUGUCGCUGAUGUCGGCUUCACACGCUUGAUAAGUGUGAUUCUCCAGUCAGUGGGGCUAGAACAACCGGAAGCGAAAUUUGGACGGUUCAGCUCGAACGAGCACGUACACCAUCACGUGCUGUUGGCACAAUUUGGUGGGCGGGAAUUUCCGAAGGACACAUCACUCAGGUUCAGUCGCACAAUAGACGGAAGCGGCUCAAAGGUGAGGUCCGCUUUCACACAGAGUUCAGGUUCAUGCUAUAAAUAGAACAUUCUCAAACGGCCAGACGGCAAUUUUUAAUGUGUCACCUUCUCGACACAAAAUUAAGUGUCAGCAUCUCGGAGCGUGAUCAGCCUACCCAAACCCGUGGGGCAGCUCAUUCAAAAGAAAAUAAAUCGCUGCAGCUGCAAACACUGCUGAUCAAAUGACAGAAGAAAAAAACCGAGGCCAUGAAGUGACCAGGCGGAGUUCACGUGUCCACAAGUGUUGUAAGCCUGAGGCUGAUCUGUGAGAAAAGGCUAUUUAUAGUCCUACCCGGAUCUGACUAAAUUUCGACGCAGAAUUCUGUUAUCAAUAACUGUGAAUGUCUCUGUAUGGAAUUCUUGGAGUGAUUAAGAAGACUGUCUUAAUCACGGAAUCAUACGAAUUUCACAAUAAGGUUCAACACAGCGUUUGUAACUUGAGACCUCUAAGCAAUCAUUUUUACCACAGUACUGUCUAUUUAGCUUGUUGCCUAAAAUAGCGAGUAUAGAUGCAUCUAGUUGCACCAAAAAUACAGUUUCGGUCAGCUAAAUUUAGAGUGCAACGAGAGCAGUUUUACUAAACUCGCCAACCGAAACUAUUCUACCAGCGGGCAACCUUGCAUCAUCGCAUGAUUGCAAUACUGUUUCACGCGGCGGCGACUUUUCGAACCGUCGCCACACCGUAGUCAUCGUCAGAAAGCGCACACCCCAUCUUACCCCACAUAUAAAAAUAGCUUCGAUUCGAUCCAAGCAAACGGGGCGCGCGCGCCAUAAAAAAAAACUCGACGUCAAACCACACCGAACGCGGGCUACUGCGAUGAUGCGGCAAUGCGGAGGGUGUGAGCGCGACCGUCCCACUCUGGCGCGAGCAUACUUUGAACACAAACGGCACCCGUCCCGCUCGCUCCCAUUGAACACGCUGUGAUCACGCAGUCAGCGCCUGAAAUCAGCUGGCGUUCACGUGAACAUUGCAUGGCAAGUUAAAAGGCAUUCGGUCGGUCGGUCGGGUAGACUUUGGACUCUGCUUCUGCUGCCUGACUGCGCUUCGCUCGUUCUGCGAAGUGUUGUUUUCGUUUUGCGUCUCUCUCUCUCGCGCUCUCUGCCGCCGCGUCGCGCUUCCUUUCAAUGGUGCAGCCACUGUAUAGGAACCUUUCCAAUGACGUCGCGCCGCUGCUUUUGCGGUUUCGUUCGACUACUGCGAUUGUAUUGCGACGAGGUGGAAGAACGCUCUUGUUUCGUUGGUUUUAUUUGCGUUAUGGAGUCGCAUUUUUGCUACCUCAUCCCCUUCGCGGGAACUGGCUGUUGAGAGCUGCAUUAUGGCCCCAACGAAUGGAAUGAUACAACUUUGAGUGUUUGCACGCGGUGGCUACACACACCCAUUUCAGGGGAGCCUCUAUCGAGCGCGCGUACGUGACCGAGCGCGUGUUUUGGUCACUUUCCAAGAUGGCUGCCCCAAUUUGAAUUUGACAAGGCCGUUUCCCUCCGUCGUUUGUCGCUCGGGUGAUGACACUGUGACUACUACGGAAAUCAAGCAAGCUCUGAAACGCAAAUUGGAACAAAAUCAAGCGACGCCACGUGUAGCAGACAUGUUUACCAAGGGCUUCACCACACCCAACCAUUCUGAUCUGUCGGAGGAUGAAUCUGAUCUCCCGCCGAGGAAGCGCCUCUAUGUGCGUGACCCGGUCCAACUGGAGCAGCAUUACCAUCACACAUCGCUGACUCCACCGCCUUCGGAUUUCUCCGGAUCCGAGGACGAAAACACCAAAUCCGCCGACGAUGCUCUACAUCAAGCUCAACCACAGCGCGAGAGCGUCAUCAUGCGAAUUAAUAAGGACGGUUCCUGCACUUCUGCCAAGGAACCGGACUCAAAUUUGAACGUAUUUCGAUGUGUCAAGUACAAAAUGGGCCGCCGUUCGCCGUUCCAGCCUAUGGAGCAGCAAGCCGUUGAACAGCAGCAACCCAUCAGUGAACAGAUCCAGGACCGUAUCACAUCGCGAGAACCUUCGGAAGAACUGAGUGUUGCGCCUGCAGCUCCUGUUACCCACCCUAGUCGAGUAUUAGAGCACAGCCAACAGUAUGUACCUGUCGUUCCUUCCGUAGUACCUGUCGCACCUUCGGUAAUGCCCGCUCCAGCUCCCAUGCCGAAGCCUGCACCUCCAGUUAAGCCCGCAACCUCGCUUCCUGUGAUAGCUCCUAAGAUUCCACAGCUCAUUCUAGCCACUCCAAAUGGCUUCGUUCUGGUUCCUCCGCAAAUCUCACAGAACCUACUCGGUCAAACCAACGGCAAAGCACUCCUGGUCCCGCAGCCAUCCAAUGCCGCUGCCGUACCUGCCCCUACUGCUCCUCAAAAACCAGAACGCAGAAGAAUCUACGAAUGCGAACACCCGAACUGUGGCAAAAACUACUUCAAAUCCAGCCACCUGAAGGCUCAUCAGCGCAUUCACACCGGCGAACGGCCCUUCAUCUGCAAGUGGCCAGACUGCGGUCGUCGGUUCUCCCGAUCCGACGAGCUGUCCCGCCACAAGCGAACCCACACCGGCGAGAAGAAGUUUGUAUGUCCCGUCUGUCAGCGACGAUUCAUGCGCUCCGAUCAUCUGUCCAAGCACGUCAAGCGUCACAACAAGGACAAAGGUCAGAAGGGUCAACAGCAGCAGCAGCAACAUCCGCAACCGCCACAACAGCAGCCGAUCUACCCAGUUUCGGUGUACUCGGACGCAGCCGUCCCAGUACAGUUCGUUACGGCAGGCCCAGUCUACUAAGUCUGUAUGUUUAAACGUGUGUUUUACAAGUCUUGUAAAUACUUUAUCGGAACUGACUAGAUCUUAGCUUGCGUGCGCUCGUUAGCGCGCACGUCUAUUGUUUGUGCUGUCCCUCUAUCUUUCUUCGUCGAAACGUUGCCCUCUAUGAGCUAUGAGAAGGAGAAAGAGAGAUAACGUUCAUUCCAGGUUGCAAAUCUAUCAAUAUCUGUACUAUACUGUUACUCGAACUUGGGAGCGGGGUUUUAGAUGACGGCAUCAGAGACAGAGUUGCUAGUUUCGUUUUCAGGGACUUUGACAGCGUUUUUGUUAUCGUUUUUUUGUCAAUGUUUUGAGUUUCCUUUUCCUAUGUUUAUAAUAAUAAUAUAAAACAUCUGUGAUCGUUUAAAAUUACUUUAAAGCUAAGAGAGGAAGUAAUGGUCGUUUUACUAAUCUUAACGAGUUUUAGUAAUUUAUUUAAAACUUUAGAAUGAAAGAGUGUGAGUUAAGAUGUUCACCUAUUUGUUCAAAAAUCUAGAACUGUUAUAAAGAUAUGUUUUAUUCGUAUGUGAAAAAAGAAAAGCAAAAGAAUGAAUCAAUGAAAAAAGAGAGAGAAUACAAAUCUAUCAAUUACAAACAUAAAACACAAA